CGCCCCUAACGGAAACCCGCGGGUGACGCGCGCGGCUCAGCCACUCAGAGCCGCCCGUGCUUUUCAAACCGGCGGCGGCGGGCCCGCACCGGGAGCCGGGGCUUGGACCGAGACCGGCACCAACCGGGAACCAGCACUGCCACACCGACACCCGGCACCAACCGGGAACCAGCACCCCCACACCGAGACCCGGCACCAACCGGGAACCAGGACCGAGACAGACCCUGGCCCGGUGGGCCCGGAGCCGAGCCCGGGACCGGGAGCGGAGAGCCACCGCGGCUGUAGCCGAGCCCCGGAGCAUUGCCGGGCCAUGCAGCGCAACAAGACCCCCGUGGUGCAGAAGCGGCCCCGGCGCACCCCGCUGCAGCAGCUGCAGUUGGACACCGACCGGACUGGCCUGACCCCCCUGUUCCGCCGGCUGCGGCUCAAGGACAAUGACUGUGCCACCCCAGUGUCCUGUGCCCGGGGCCCCCGCAGCAGUGUCACCACAGCGCCUUGCACCCCAGGAUCCCCACGGAGUGCUACCCUGGGCCCUCCCAGCAGCACCACCCUAGUGCCUGAUAUCCUGGAGCCUUCCAGCAGGACCUCCACCUGUGACCUCAGGACUCCCAUCCUUAAACCUGCUGCCUCUGAGGCCCCCAGCAAUGCCACCCUUAUUCCUGGUGCCUUGGAGCCCAGCAGCAGCACCGUGCCAGCCCCUGUGUGCAGCUCCAUCUCAGUGCCCAGCACCCCAGAGCCCUCCAGCAGGACAGUGCCAGCCCCUGUGUGCAGCUCCUCCAUCCCCGUGCCCAGCACCCCAGAGCUCUCCAGCAGGACAGUGCCAGUCUCCCUGUGCAGCUCCAUCCCAGUGCCCAGCACCCCAGAGCCCUCCAGCAGGACAGUGCCAGUUUCCCUGUGCAGCUCCUCCAUCCCUGUGCCCAGCACCCCAGAGCCCUCCAGCAGGGCAGUGCCAGUCUCCCUGUGCAGCUCCAUCCCCGUGCCCAGCACCCCAGAGCCCUCCAGCAGGGCAGUGCCAGUCUCCCUGUGCAGCUCCUCCAUCCCCAGCACCCCAGAGCCCUCCAGCAGGACAGUGCCAGUGUCCCUGUGCAGCUCCAUCCCCGUGCCCAGCACCCCAGAGCCCUCCAGCAGCAUCAUUCCAGUUCCCCUGUGCAACUCUAUCCUAGGAUCCAGCAGCCCAGAGUGCCCUGGCAACACUGUGCCAGUCUCCCCGUGCACCUCCAUCCCUGUGCCCAGCAUCUUGGAGUCCCCUGGCAGCCCCAUGUGCAGCCUUGUCCUGGGGCCUUGCACUGUGGAAUCCCCUGGCAGCACCACCCCAGGGCUCCCCAACAAUAUUAGCUCAGUGUCUUGCAACCCAAACUCUCCAGGCAGCUCUGCUCUACCCCUCUGCAGCUCUGGAUCCCCUGGCAGUGCCAGCACAGCCUCCUGCACCAGCACAACUUCUGUGCCCACUGCGGUCACUGGCACCAGCAUGACCCCAGUGCCCACUGCGGUCACUGGCACGAGCCCAAUGCCCACUGCGGUCGUUGGCACCUGCAUGAGCCCAAUGCCCACUGCGGUUGUUAGCAUCAGCAUGACCCCUGUGUCCACUGUGGUCACUGGCACGAGCCCAGUGCCCACUGCGGUUGCUGGCACCUGCAUGAGCCCAGUGCCCACUGUAGUCACUGGCACCUGCAUGAGCCCAAUGCCCACUGAGAUCGUUGGUACCAGCAUGACCCCAGUGCCCACUGUGGUUGCUGGCACCAGCCCAGUGCCCACUGCGGUCACUGGCACCUGCACGAGCCCAAUGUCCACUGCGGUUGUUAGCACCAGCAUGAGCCCUGUGUCCACUGUGGUUGCUGGCACAAGCCCAAUGCCCACUGUGGUCACUGGCACCUGCACGAGCCCAAUGCCCACUGCGGUCAUUGGCACCUGCAUGACCCCAGUGCCCACUGCAGUCAUUGGCACCUGCACCAGCCCAAUGCCCACUGCAGUCAUUGGUACCAGCAUGACCCCAGUGCCCACUGCGGUCAUUGGCACCUGCACCAGCCCAGUGCCCACUGUGGUUGUUAGCACCUGCAUGACCCCAGUGCCCACUGCGAUCGUUGGUACCAGCAUGAGCCCAGUGCCCACUGCAGUCACUGGCACCUGCACAAGCCCAGUGCCCACUGUGGUUGUUGGCACCAGCCCAGUGCCUACUGCGGUCACUGGCACCUGCAUGAGCCCAGUGCCCACUGCAGUCGCUGGCACCAGCAUGUCUCCAGUGCUCUCCAUGGCCACCAGCACUUUCAGGACACCUCAGGGUGUGGGGGAGAGGAGCAGUAACACACCCAAGGGAAGCCUCCCCUGUGCCAGGGACAGUGCUGUGGAAACAGACUCCCUGCUCUGGCACUGUCCCCGGGAGCAACUGAAGACCCUGCCGCGGGCACAGCUGGAGGAGAGGCUGGAGCGGGCCCUCAUCAUCAUCGAAGCUCUCUUGCUGCAGCUGUGUGACUUAAAGGACAGCCAGCAGCUGCGGCCUGGCGUGGGGCCAGCCAAGCAGAGGGACACGUUCACACAGACUGACACCACCCACCCCACAGGGAGCACCUGGAACAGCCAGAGCCUCCUGUUCCGGGGCCUCGCAGCUGCUGCUUUUCGGAGCUUGCAGGAUGAGCAGGGAGCUCUCAUGCAGGAGUGCCAGGCUGUGCUUGAGACUGCUCCCAGCAAGGUGCAGAGCUGCCUGGAAGAGCGGGAUGCCAUCAGGCAGCGAGUGGAUGAAGCCCUGCGAGCCCAGGAUCAGGGAUAUCUCUUCCUGGAGGCUUUCUGUGCCCAUGCCAGGGCCCAGAUCAGUGCCCGUGACCAGAGCCUGGCCUCCCAGCAAGAGCUGAGCACACUGCUGGCCCAUGCCAUCAACCUGCAGGCAUCCCUGUCUGCUAAGGCGCAGUCUUUCCGGGAAUUCUUAGAUGUCACCUUUGAAAAUCUGAAGAAGGAAAGGAAGGCGGUGGAUGAGGAGCGGGAGCAGACGAGGGCCCUGAUAUCCCGGUCUUUUGCCCUGUUGGAGCACGAGCAUGGCAAGCUGCAGAGCUGCCUGGAGGAGUGUGCUGCUGCACAGAAACGAGAAGAGGAGGCUCUUCAGGCCAAGGAGGAGGCAUCCAGGCAGCUGGAGAAGACCUUGGUGACCCUGCAGGACACACAGGCUCAGCUGGAGAAGCUGACAGUGGCCAACUCACUCCUGAGCAAAGACCUGAGCUCCAUGGGGAUAAAUCUGAGCAGUGUGGAGCAGGAGCGGGAUGCGCUGCAGCAGGAGAACGAGAAGCAGCAGGAGGAGAUGGCCCAGCUGGCGCAGGAGAGGAACUCCCUGCAGCAGGAGCGCAAGGAGCUGUGCCAGGAGCUGCGGGAGGCCGCUGAGUGCCGGGAGUUCCUGGAUCAGGAGAACCAAAUGUGCCGCAAGCAGCUGCUGGAGGUGGAGGCCAGACUGAACUCCACGCUGGCCACCCUGCAGGAGCGCAUCCAGCAGCAUGAGGAGCUGAUGGAGUCCCACCAACUCCUGCGGGAAGAGCAGGCUGCCCUCAGCAAGGAGCUGGACAGCACCAAGGCCGAGCUCUUCAGCUUGCAGAUAAAUAGGUCCAAAAUUUCUUGCUGCUCCACGGGCAUUACGAAGAACAAGAUGCGGUUGCAGGAGCUCGCUGACUGCCUCAAGGCUGCUCUGGAAGAGCCGGAUGAUGAUGAUAGCCCACCAAGAAGCAAAGCCUGGACCCCACGCCUUGCCUGGACGCCGGCGUGCCGCACUCCGCACCACACCUCCUUCGUGGGCAGCGUCAUGAAAGCUGUAUCAGGGGAAGAUGCCAAUGAAACCACCAGAAGUGGGAGUAGAGUUGCCAAGGACAAACUUGCAUCUGUGCCAAAGCCAAUAGAUCCCGAGGACACUCUGCUGGAGAGUGUGAAGGAGCUGGGAGUUGUGGUCUCCAACUUUGCCACGCUGGGCUUCCGCAUCCAGGAGCUGAAGACAGAGAUCUCUGACCUGCAGCUCCGCCUGAAGACAGUGACAGCUGAGAGCCAGGAGAAGGUGGAUGACCAGGCUGCCACCAUUGCAGAGCUGCACAAGGCACUGAGGACCAAGCUUGAGAAUGAGAAAGAGCUUCGGAACCUGUUGAAAAAGCAGGAAGAGCAGAUGUUGCAACUCAUCGACAAGAGUGGGGAAGUCACGAGGCUGAAGACAGAAGUCUCUGAGCUGAAGCGCUCGCUCCAGCUUGCAGAAACAGAGGCCAAGGUGCUGUGGGAGGAGGUGAAGGGCAAGGAGCACCAGGAGAAGCCUGUCAACAUCCAGGAGCGGGUCCUGCUCCGGCAGCAGGUGGAUAAACUGCGAAUGCUGUUUGUGAAACAAGAGGACGAGAAAAGACGGCUCACUGACAAGUACCAGGAGCAGAUCCGAGGGCUGGAGAUGAAGGUCCAUCAAACCCACAAAGUGCUGAGGACCCAUGAGGAGAUGCAGGAGAAUAUAAGAGAGCUCCUGUCUGCUGUCCCUGAGGUGGCUCUGAGUUGCCAGGAGCUCCAGAACCUGCUGCGCUAUGUGGGCCUGAAGCCAGCCAGCAAGGAAGCUGCUGAGCCACUAUAGCCUGUAGCCUGAAACCUUUCCUGUUUUUAAUGUUGUAAUUAUUUUUUGAAUAAAGUUGUGUUGGCUUUUA